AGGGAGAGAGAGAGAGACACAGAGAGAGAGACACAGAGAGAGAGAGAGAGAGAGAGAGAGAGAGAGAGAGAGAGAGCUGAGUCUGUACUGCACUGGCUUUCCUUCAACCACUCUGUUACUCUCUGAUCUGACACCACACAUUUAGAGAGGGACACACAGCAGCACAGAGAGAGAGAUAGAAAGACAGAGAGAUAGAGAGAGAGAGACAGACAGACAGAGUUGCAGUGCUGAGAACUGAGAGGAACUGAGACAACUCAACUCCCUCUGCUCGUGCUUCCUUCCAGCCAAUGGAAGACUACAUAGACUGGAUCUACAUGGGGGUGAUGUCUGCGUUUGUUGGAGGGGCCAUGAAGAAGGUCCUGGCGUCCCACGUCAGCGCGGCCCCGACCGUGGUGGCCUGGCUGGGGGUCACCUUACUAGUGGAGAGGCUGUGGUUCUUCUGUGUGCCUGCUGUCCUGGUGUUGGCUGCCCUCUGCCUCGCCUGCUGUCUAUACUCUGUCAGGACAGCCCCAGCACCCACUCUGCCUGUCCAGGGCAAGGCUGUCUUCAUCACAGGCUGUGACACAGGCUUCGGGAAGGCUGCAGCGCGGCGUCUGGACGCCCAGGGUUUUGAGGUGUUUGCUACGGUGUUGGAUCUGUGUGGGGAGGGAGCCAAGGAGCUCCAGAAGACCUGCUCCCCUCGUCUCACCCUGCUACAGGUGGACAUCACCCAGCCACAGCAGGUCCAACAGGCUCUUCUAGACACCAAGGCCAAACUGGGCCUCAGAGGUCUGUGGGGCUUGGUGAAUAAUGCAGGAGUAUGUGUUAACUUCGGGGAUGCAGAGUUAUCUCUGAUGUCUAACUACCGUGGCUGUAUGGAGGUGAACUUCUUUGGGACUCUGAACGUCACCAAGACAUUCCUGCCUCUGCUGCGUCAGGCCAAGGGACGCAUCGUCACAAUCUCCAGCCCUGCAGGAGAGCAGCCGUUCCCCUGUCUAGCAGCGUACGGAGCCUCCAAGGCAGCUCUCAACCUGUUCAUCAACACACUGCGCCACGAAAUGGAACCCUGGGGGGUCAAAGUGUCCACCAUACUGCCAUCCUCAUACAAGACAGGUCAGUCCGGUAACCAGGAGUACUGGGAGAAUCAGUACAAGAGCCUGAUCCACAACCUGUCCACAGGCCUGCUGGAGGAGUACGGGGAAGACUACACGCACGAGACCAAGGAGCUCUUCCAACACUUCGCCCAGUCGGCUAACGAGGACCUGUCACCAGUCAUCAACACCAUCAGCGAGGCGCUGCUCUCCCCCAGGCCCCUGGUCCGAUACUACGCUGGGCCCGGCGUGGGCCUCAUGAACUUCGUUUAUAGUUAUUUCCCUCUGAGUCUCUCAGACAAGUUCCUCCAGAGACUAUUUGUCCAGAAGAAGAUCAUCCCACGAGCGCUGAGGAAAGAGAACAACAACAACAACAACAUCAACAACAACGUGGAGAAGAUAAAGAAGUAAAACAACGAGAUGUGUGUUUGUUUUUUUAAGACGGCAGACACCAACAUAGCUGGCACCAACACGGCAGACACCAACACAGCUGGCACCAACACGUCUGGCACCAACAUGUCUGGCACCAACACGUCUGGCACCAACACGGCAGACACCAACACAGCUGGCACCAACACGUCUGUCACCAACACGUCUGGCACCAACACGUCUGGCACCAACACGUCUGGCACCAACACGAUGGCACCAACACGAUGGCACCAACACGAUGGCACCAACACGGCUGGCACCAACACGGCUGGCACCAACACGAUGGCACCAACACGUCUGGCACCAACACGAUGGCACCAACACGUCUGGCACCAACACGAUGGCACCAACACGAUGGCACCAACACGGCUGGCAGCAACACGGCUGGCACCAACACGGCUGGCGCCAACACAAUGGCACCAACACGAUGGCACCAACACGAUGGCACCAACACGUCUGGCACCAACAUGGCUGGCACCAACACGAUGGCACCAACACGAUGGCACCAACACGGCUGGCACCAACACGGCUGGCACCAACACGAUGGCACCAACACGGCUGGCACCAACAUGAAUGGCACCAACACGGCUGGCACCAACACGGCUGGCACCAACACGGCUGGCACCAACACGGCAGACACCAACACGGCUGGCACCAACACGAAUGGCACCAACACGGUUGGCACCAACACGGCUGGCACCAACAUGGCUGGCAC